GUGUUGUGGCUUUCCUGCAAAUGGUCGUCAUCAUUUCGUAAUUCACUUGUUUGUUGACGUCUUUCGCCUUCGAUCUGGUAAGGUUAGGUUGGCGUGCUUUGCAUUUUGUGCUCAUUUCGAGAUUUGUUGCUGGUAGAAUACGUUCUUGGAACGUUAGAAAGUACCUCGGGUUUAAUUGCGUUUCUGAAGAUGGGUUGUAAUGAAGGGGCAUGGGAUUGCACUUCAAUAAUGAAUGAAGUGGUAAUCACGAGCGAGGUGGAGGAGUUAUUAAGAGAAACUAAGAAACUUGAAGAGGAACAGGAGAUGUUGUUUCUCAUUGAGAAACAAUUGCUAGACACUCAACACAGACUUCUUCUAAUGAAGAAACAACAAUUGGAAGAACAAGUAAAUAAUUUAGUUUCGAAAACUGCGCUGUCUUCCUGAGAAGAAAUUAACAGUAUUUGUUAUAAGCUUUGCUGUUUUGUCAUGUAAAACCAUCGGUUCUUGCCACAAUAUUCAAUCUAUUUAUACAAUUUUGUUAUUGUUGCAUAGGAAGGUAGUUUAAAUUGAAAUUGAGUACUUUAAGUGAUAUGCAGUCUACUGGUUUUUAUUGAAGAAAUGUAUAUACAUAUGGUGUUUUUGCAAUGAUCAUUGUUGUUUUUUCAGUUUCUUUAUUUUGUUUCUUGAGAUAGAAGUUAAGGAAGAAUCUAGAACAAUUUUUUAAGUUAGCACUUUCAUUAUGUAAUCUUUCCUUUUAAAAUAACCAUUGUAAAAUGAUCACCAGUAUUGCAUGUUAGAAACAUGUGGAUAUCAAUUUGAGUUCACCAAUUUAUUUAAUUCAUUUUGAUGAAAGUAGUCAUGUAAAGUAAUCAAAAAGUGUGGAUUGAUGAAAUCAAAUUGGAAGUGUCAUCAUAGAAAACUAAAUGCUUACAUAGUUAUGCAUCAGUCGCUUGCUGCAACUGUGGGGUAACUAAAAAUUGGGCAGUAAUGAAUUGUUCACUUACAGGGCAGUAAUGAUGGUUCACUUGCUGUUCAAGCCUUAAAAACUCUAUUUUUUCUUACCAUCUUAUAAUGACAUAACCUUCCUUGAAAUUGUAAUAUUUUCUUUUGGAAAACCUUGUUUUAAAUUAUGCCAUUUGUAAUUCAGUUGUGAAUAGUUAUAAUACAUUCAGAACUCAAGAAAUAAGUGACUCUUAGAAAAUAUUGGCAUCUGAGACAUUGCUUCAAAACAAGUUCUCUGAUAUUUUAAUAUUGAUCAUCAAGGUGUUUUUUAAAAUUAAUUUUACUUGGGCGUAGCAAUUUUAAUUCCGAGUGGUUUUGAAAAGGCUUUCCGUGGUUUCUUUUGAUAGUUGAAUUUCAUGCUUCUUGUGACUUGUACUUGCAUUCAUGCGUAGCAUGUUAAGUGGUAUGUACUUCAUGUUUUCAAAUCCUGGCAGCUGUAAGUAAAACAAAUUUUGAUAUUAUGAAACUCAUGUUUUUCCAUUCUCACAAGACUGGUAAUACUUUUUCAUAAAUAUUUAGGUUAAAGAUCUUUUUCAUUGUGGAUAUUUGUCUGCUUUUCUCUUAAUCAUCAGUCACAAAGAGAAGGAAAUAAGACACUGUUUUUGUCUGAAUAAAUAAAACUUUUACUUUCAUUCAUAUUAAAUCUUGAAGUUAGGUAUAGAAGGACAGUUAACAAAUCUGUUUUGGGUGAGAGUGAUUGUUAUCAUUAUUCUGGUAUAAAGUAUUAAAAAGAACGUGGAGAUUAAGUUGAAAGUGUGAACAAUGCAAUAAAAUUUAGAUAUUUAUUCUGUUCUCAGUUAGCAGUCAUAAUUUGCAGUUGUUUCUGAAGCAACAGCUUAAGUAAAUGCUUCAUGCAGUAAUUUAAUUGCUUAAUACUCUGGAAGCCCAACGAAUUGACCUGCAUCAGAUGCUGAUGUCACGAGAGUAUUAAAUUAUCCAGCAUCCCUUUUUUGCUAACAAUGUGAAAUUUGUUAGCAUGAUUGACUCUGGUUAUAAUGAACUUCUGGGAACUUCUAUCUUUGGUUUGUGAACAGCACGAACUGCAAAAUUCCUCUAUCUCUAUAUAUCUUAUUCUACCUAUAUAUCUAUUUGUCUUAAAAAUAUCAAUUAUUUUCAAUUGUUUGCUUAUUAUAUUUUUCAUAAAUAAUUUCUCUAUAAUUGAUCCUUCUCCGGAUUUCGUACUCUCUCCAUACUAGAUUGCUCACUCCAUACUUUCUUUAAGUAUCAUAAUACAGUCUUGACCCUUUUCUAUUCUUCUUGCACUGUGGGAACACUGCCCCACUCUUCGAAGGCCCUUUUACUUACCCAGUAACAUACGAGAUCCAAUUAAUUUUCUGUGUUCACUAUAGCCGAGAUUGUUUCACUAUAACCUAAUCUUAUGCUUAUUUGUAAUGUAAGUGAAAUGGGACCAGUGACUUAUGUUCACUAUAACUGGGUGUUUACUAUAUCAGAGUUCACUGUAACUGGAGUUUACUGUAUUUGCUUCAGG